AUGGGAGAAAAUGUACAAAUUCCCCUUAAAUCAAAGGAGUUUUACAAAGCAAUAUUUAACAAGUACGACAGAAACAGAGAUGGUUUUAUUUCUGUAAGAGAAUUAACAGACAUAAUAGAAAGCCGGGAAUAUGAAGAAGAUAUACCUCAGCAUUGUAUUAAGAAAAUUUUGGGGAUGCAUGACAGAAACUCUGAUAAAAAAUUGGAUUUUGAGGAGUUUUAUGAAAUGAUUAAUAAUCCGGAUUUAAAUUAUGUAUUUGGACAUUAUAUAUCAAGGUAUAUAAACUGGGUAGUGCCCAGACGACAGAUACCUCGAACUCCCACUACAGUUACCGACGGUUUAUACGAAGAAGAAUACUCAUGUUACCCUCCCGCUGUGGGAAUGCUAAUUAUUUCGUUGGUAGAAAUAAUAUUUUUCUGCAUAGACGAAGCAGCAGAAUACGAAUCUACGAAAUACGCCAGUGGACCGUGUGCCACACUUUUUAUUUAUGAGCCGUCGAGAAGAAGGGAGGUGUGGAGAUAUAUUACCUAUAUGUUUGUUCACGUUGGUGUAUUUCAUUUGUUGGUCAACCUUUUGGUGCAAGUGCUUCUGGGAAUACCGUUGGAAAUGGUACAUCGAUGGUGGAGAGUCCUUAUAGUAUACCUAGCAGGUGUCUUGGCUGGUUCUUUGGGCACAUCCAUCAUGGAUCCCACUGUGAAAUUGGCCGGUGCUAGUGGCGGUGUGUAUUCUCUGGUGACUGCUCAUAUUGCAUCUAUAGUAAUGAAUUGGAAGGAGAUGUCGUUUCCCAUAGCUCAGCUACUCGUGUUCUUAGUGAUAGCGGGCACCGAUAUAGGAACUUCCAUCUACAAUCGUUACGUUCUAGACAUUAACGAACACAUCGGGUACGCCGCACAUUUCGCUGGCGGUUUGGCAGGCCUGCUGGUGGGUAUCAACGUUUUAAGAAAUCUAAGCGUCACAAGAACAGAAAGGAUCAUCUGGUGGAUUUCCAUGAUUACAUAUGGACUUCUGAUGGGUAUUUGUAUUAUUUGGAACUUGGCGUGGAGUAAUUAUUUUCCAGACGAAAGAUAUCGUCGAUAGUAUGAUUACUGUACGCCACUUUUAGAAAUAUCAGGGGUAAUUAUAUAAAAAAAGUAUUGUUGCCGCAAAAGAAACGAUUCACAUAAGAUUUAGUAUUAUAUUUAUAUGUGUGCUAUAGGUUUUUUUGCGUCCUGACACAACAGUAUUAUUUUUGCCUUCAUUGCCGUUCAGUAGACGUUCAUUUGCUGAUUUUUUUUAAGUAAAUACGAGGGUAAAAUAAAAAGGUUAAAGGAUAAAAGGUUCUUGACUUAGCCGAUAAAUGCCACUACUAAUGAAAUGAAGUUUUUUAUGUUGGUUCACUUGUUGCAAAAGUAAAUAUCUACUGUAAGUUUACUUUGUUGUUUUUAGUCAGUUGUAUUUUAACAUUAAUGAGAAUACAAUUCGUCCAUCUGACAGCUGCAAUUGUUAAGCAUCUUCCGAUAUUCACGGAUUAUUUCCGGCAACGCUUAAACUAGACCAAGUAGUGGUCUCUAA